UGGCAAUCUCAGCAGCCAAUCGUUCUUCGCAGGUCGAGCUAGUGUGCCGCCAAAACGACGUCUUCGGCGUCUGCUGCGAUUACGUCGGAUUUAAGUUAACAUAGCGCGACGCACGUGGCCGGCGUCCCGACGCUGUGACGUCACAAGUGCCGCCGGAGUGGAAGAAGAAAGAAAAAGUGGCAGAAUUUUCAGUUGAAAUAUGUUUUGAAUGUGGUGAUUUUUUGGUGAUUGUUACCGGUUUGGAUUGAGACGGGUUUUAACAUAUGUCGUGAAAUUUUGGAUUUGAGAAAAAAAGAUAGAUCAUGGAGUCCCACUUAGAACACAGAGAUAGAGUGGGGGUCCAAGAUGCAGUCUUGCUUGAAGAUUACACCAACGAAAAAGCUUUUAUCGAAAAUUUACAAAAACGAUUCAACGAAGAUGUUAUAUACACAUACAUUGGUCCAGUACUUAUUAGCGUUAACCCAUACAAAGAACUUAAUAUUUAUAGCCCGCAAGAUGUCAAAGGUUACGAAAAUAAGCAUUUUUUUGAAGUUCCUCCACACGUGUUUGCUAUAACAGACACAGCAUAUCGAUCUCUACACGAAGAACACAGGGAGCAGUGUAUAUUAAUUUCAGGUGAGUCCGGUUCUGGAAAGACUGAAGCGUCAAAAAAAGUUCUUCAAUACAUCGCCGAAGUGACUGAAAGAAAGGGCGAAAUAGAAACAAUAAGGGAUAAACUUUUGGUAUCGAAUCCAGUUCUGGAAGCAUUUGGAAAUGCUAAAACCAACAGAAACGAUAACUCGAGUAGGUUCGGGAAGUUUAUGGAUAUCCAAUUUAAUUUCGAAGGUAGUCCUGUAGGUGGAAAUAUCCUUAAUUACCUUCUGGAAAAAUCCAGGGUAAUCAGUCAAUCUCCUGGAGAAAGAAAUUUCCACAUUUUCUACCAGCUUUUAGAUGGAGGCACUGACGAACAGUUAAACAAAUUAAACUUAAAAAAGGAUUUCAAUUCUUAUUAUUACUUAUCACACGGGGAUAAGGCACAUAAUUUUAAAAGAGAAGAUAAGAAAAAUUUUCGAGAAGUCGAAAGUGCCCUGUCAACUUUGGAGUUCACCCCCCAGGAACAGGACGACAUAUUUUUCAUUAUUUCAGCAAUUUUACAUUUAGGAAACGUCGGAUUUACAGAGGCUGAGAAUAAGGCUGUUAUUGUUAAGCCCGAAUUAGUUGAUAACAUUGCAAACCUUCUUAACUGUGAUAGAGAAAAACUAAGACUUUCUUUGACGCAACGAACUAUCGAGACUAUAAGGGACGUAGUGACCACUCCUCUGGACAGAGAGUUAGCUGUGUAUGCCAGAGAUGCCCUGGCAAAAGCCGUAUAUGACAGACUGUUCACUUGGCUCGUGAAGCGAAUCAACAGUUCCUUACAACCAUCCGAUGCCAGAAGGAACUCUGUGAUUGGAAUUUUGGAUAUUUACGGAUUUGAAAUCUUCGAAAAGAAUAGUUUUGAACAGUUGUGCAUAAAUUUCUGUAACGAAAAACUUCAACAAUUGUUCAUUGAAUUGACGCUGAGAUCAGAACAGGAAGAAUAUGAAAAGGAAGGCAUCCAAUGGGAGAUGAUUCCUUAUUUUGACAAUAAAAUUAUAUGUGAUUUGAUUGAAGAAAAACAUAAAGGAUUAAUUGCAUUUAUGGAUGAAGAAUGUCUGAGGCCAGGAGAUCCAAACGACAUAACUUUACUAGCAAAGUUAGACAAAAAUUUGAGCUACCACGAACAUUACAUAAGCCACAAAAAAGCCGAUUUCAGAUUACAGAAAGUAAUGGGACGCGAUGAAUUUAGAUUGAUUCACUAUGCAGGCGUAGUGACAUACAACAUUAAAUCCUUUAUCGAAAAGAACAAUGAUUUGCUGUUCAGAGAUCUCAGGGAAGCGAUGUGCAGUUCAACGAAUACAGUAUUGCAGUCUAUUUUCUUGGAGUCUGAACAACGAAGCAAAAAGAGACCGGAUACUGCCAUAACUCAGUUCAAAAAUUCGUUGAAUAACUUGAUGAACAUUUUGAAGGAUAAAGAACCAUCGUACAUCAGAUGUAUCAAACCCAAUGAUACAAAGAGUCCUGGCAUUUUCGAUGAAGAAAUAGUGAGACACCAAAUAAAAUACCUGGGUCUCAUGGAAAACCUCAGGGUUCGCAGAGCAGGGUUCGCCUACCGUCGUACCUACGAGCUGUUCCUGAAGAGGUAUAAGAGUCUGGCACCCGAAACGUGGCCCCAUUUCCCAGGAAAUGCCAAAGAUGGCGUUCAGCAUUUGGUUUGCGCUCUGGGAUACGAAGCCAAAGAAUAUCAAAUGGGAAGAACCAAGAUUUUCAUAAGACAUCCGCAAACACUUUUCCGUACUGAAGACGCUUUCCAACUGAAGAAAAACGACAUAGCCUCUAUUAUACAAGCUCACUGGAAAGGUUGCUUACAAAGACGCAAAUAUUUGAAGAUGAAAGAAGCAGUCAUCGUUUUGCAGAAGAAUGCGAGAAGAUACCUUGCUAAGUCCAACGCUAAAAAACGAAGAGAGGCUGCUACUAAAAUUAGAGCAUUUAUUCAUGGUUUUAUCACUCGUCAUGAAUCGCCAAAUGAAGACAACGAGAGAUUCAUACAAAUUACAAAAGUCAACUGGUUGAAACGACUGGCUAAGAGUUUACCUCAAAAUAUCUUAAAACGAACUUGGCCUCCAUGUCCCACAAUAUGCCAAGAAGCAUCGGAAUUAUUGAGAGUUAUGUACGAUGCCAAUUUAUCAAGAAGAUACAGGUUGGCACUGACACCUGAAAGAAAACAACAGUUUGAACUCAAGGUUUUAGCAGAAAGCUUAUUUAAAGGAAAGAAGAAAAGUUAUGCUUCCAGUGUUCCAGAAUGGUUUGUCAAAGACAGAGUAUCCGAGCAUAGUUUGGCACUCAAAUCUGGAUACUCAACACAACUUAAUGGGGAUAAAGAAGUAUAUGCAACAUCAGUAAUGAAGUAUGACCGACACGGAUAUAAACCAAGAGAACGCAUCAUCAUAGUUACGCAAAACAACCUGCACGUUCUUGAAUGCAAAGGUUCAGUCAAGCAGAAACAUGUCUUACCACUGAGAAAACUACAAUUUGUUGUAACUCACGAAAACGACAAGUUCCUUUUGGUUAGGAUACCUGAAGACUUACUUAAAAAGGAUAAGGGCGAUCUGCUGUUAGAAGUACCACACUUGAUAGAAGCCAUCACAGCUAUUAUAAAAGUCACAAACGAUCGGAACGCACUGACAAUUAUCGAUGCUACUACAAUCGAACAUCACAUGAACGGUAAAAAUGGAACCAUAGAAAUACAACUUGGUUCACCAGAAAGUAUUCACAAAAAUAAGAGCGGGCAUUUACUUAUAGUUGCAUCUCCUUAGGCCAUUACAAACUAAGUACAAAUCAAGGAACAAAAAGCUAUAAAAUUAUUUUUAUUUUUUACUUCCAUAUUUUUCCUACAAAAAAUACUUUUUUAUAAUUUUAGAACGUUGUUGUUUAAUUUAUUCUUAUAUUGUUAAAAAAUAAAUAAAAUAUUUUAAAUGUAAAUUAUUUACAUUUGCAUCAUGCUUCCAUGUAUUUUAUAUAAAAGCUUUAACUUUUUUGGAGAUUAAUUUUACCAAUCAGUGCCAUUCUAUGUAUGCAUAGGUACUAAAAAGAAUUUUCUUCCAAAAAAUAAACUAUAUUUUAUAAUUAUAUAAAUCUGUAUAAAUAAAAAAAUAGAACUAAAAAA